GGAUUAAUACAAACCGGCCGGCCGGCCGGGGGGAAAAAACAAAGAAACACAGAGAAUUUUCUAGCAACAAGAAAUAUCUACACAUUCGAUCCUUGUUAUCAUCUCAUGUACGUCUAGGUUGACUUAUAGAGUGCAGCUAGCAUUCACAGAAAGCAAUUAGUUUUCCCUCGUCACAUAGGCAUGCGCAAAUUAAUAAUAAUCCCGUUGUCGGUCAAGAAGAUAAGAAGAAUUAGUAAGGUAUGUAGUUUUCAAUACUUGAUGGGAGAUUAUCUUGAUUCAGUUCGCUCUUUUUGCUCGCGAGGAGGAGGAGGAGCUCGCUUCUGUUGUACGGGUCCUUUCUCUGCUACCCCUCCCGGAAAAAGAUGGGUUCUUGCCAUCGUUUCCGCCUUCUUCUUUGUCAGCCUCUGCAUCAGCGUCUUCAUCUAUUGGAAUGAUGUUUAUGAUAUAGCAGGCAAUUACUUCUGUUGGGCUCCUCCUCCACCAAGUACUUCUCCAAGGCCCGCUAUCAAAAUCGACUUCCCAUUCAAUUGCUCCAAUAGAGACCCAGCAAUAACAUGCCCAACAUCCAACCAGAGCGUGACAUCUCAGACCGACAAUUCGUCUGCAGUGACAUGUACCCAGUACACUCGGUGGAUCCAAGAAGAUUUACGGCCGUGGAAGACGACGGGAAUCACGAGGGACAUGGUGGACAGAGCAAGAGAUUUUGCAAAUUUUAGGGUGGUGAUUGUGAAGGGAAAGGUGUAUGUUGAGAUAUACCAAAAUGCGUACGAAACUAGGGAUGUUUUUACGAUAUGGGGGAUAGUGCAGCUUCUGAGGUUGUACCCAGGGAAAGUACCCGACUUGGACCUGAUGUUCUGGUGUGGAGACAUGCCGGCGAUCUUAAAGAGAGAACAUAAUCAUGUCAAGCAUCUGCCGCCGGUGUUUCAUUAUUGUGGAGAUGACAAAUCAUACGACAUCGUAUUCCCUGAUUGGUCCUACUGGGGUUGGAUUGAGGUGAAUAUAAAGCCAUGGAGGAGUAUGCGGGAGGCCUUAAAAGAAGGCAACAACAAUACCAAAUGGAAGGAUAGAGAACCCUAUGCUUAUUGGAGAGGAAACCCAUACGUGUCUCGAAGAAGAAGAGAACUUUUGAAAUGCAAUCUUUCUAAGAAACAUGAAUGGAAUGCUCGCCUCUAUGGAGAAGACUGGGGUGUGGAACGUCAAGAAGGAUUCAAGCACUCCAAUCUAGAAGAUCAAUGCACCCACAGAUAUAAAAUAUACAUAGAAGGAGUGUCAUGGUCGGUGAGUGAGAAAUACAUAUUGGCAUGCGAUUCCAUGACCUUGCUAGUUGACCCCAAGUACUAUGACUUUUUCACGCGAAGCUUGGUUUCAAAGACACACUACUGGCCGAUUAGAACCUCACAUAUGUGCACAGAUAUUAAGUCUGCCGUCGACUGGGGCAAUGACCACACUGACAAGGCACAAUCUAUUGCAGAAACGGCUAGCAAAUUCAUUCAAGAGGAUUUGAAAAUGGAAUUCGUGUAUGAUUACAUGUUUCACUUGCUAAGUGAAUACGGAAAGCUCUUCAAAUAUCAACCGACAAUUCCUCCAGGAGCAGUUGAGGUAUGUUCGGAAACAACAUUGGCAUGUCCAGGGGAUGGUUUAUGGAGAAAAUUCAUGAUGGACUCCAUGGUGACUUCCCCUAAGGCUACGCUUCCAUGCACAAUUCCUAGUUAAGAUUAUUCAACUCUUGAAACUAUUCUUGGGGCUCUAGAUUUUGAAGAAAAUCAAAGACGGGGGAAGUUGGAGCAGGAAA